ACAUCUAUCGAAAUGCACACAUUUCCAGCGGACAUGUAUCAUGGAUGGGAGAUCUACCCCGAAAAUCUACUGCUUCCUCCACUCGAGUCAAAUGUCUCCAACAUCAAUCUCAAGUUACGCCGGCGAUCCAACGAGCUCUUUGUUGAAAAUCAGAAGUCAAUAUUUUGGAAUUUGAGAUUAGGUCUACCACGAGAAGAUGGGACUCGAGAUGCCGUCGUGGAACAAAUUCAAAGCACAGAGUGCUUGACGGAGAUUCUAUCGCACAGUCAAGAGACUAGGAUGUUUUUCAUCAACCAAAGAUUUUCUUGGAGCCGCCUAUACAUUAGUGAAGAGCAUUUCCGACGCUUGUUUACGUUUCUCAGAGUCCACCCCAACUUCUUAGACACGGUGUUCCUAUUUUCUGCCAAGAUUGGGCCUGAAGAGGAAGGAUAUAGUUCGUUUUUCGUCGAUAAUGACCCUUCGGAGGCAGGUAAUAAGCCUGCGGUCGCUGGAGAGCUUUCUGGUCACUACAUCGGAUACAACAUAAAAUAUGUUGCAAGGCAUGGGCGAGCCUUACCCAAAGACCCUUUUUCCAUUCGAGAGAUAGGCGUGUAUCAACACUACUCGUCGCAAACUGGGAAGUGCGAAUGGGUAUUUUUGCAAGCUCCUGAUCAGCUUAAAGCCUGUUUGACGCGGACCUUCAAAUGCUGUGAAGCGACUCUGCCUAUAAAACAGCAUAUGCUUCAUGCACUAGUUUUGCUUCAUGUUUCAGACGGCUGGCGCGAAUAUCUGGCGCAUCUCGAAGAACAAUUUUCUGGACUUGUUGACAAAGGCUUCUAUACCAAAGUCAAAGGCACCCAACAGGAGGGAGGCAUAAGUCUGGACUUUUCUGACCUCAGAAAAUUGCAUGUUCUGACCGAUAAAUUACGGAGACUCUCUCAUCUGCUGAGACUGAAUAUCCGUGUCGGGGGGCAAUUAAAGGAAACUUUGUGUCGUCUAGGAACAGCGCCAUCAGGAGACUCACGCAGUGGAGUCAUCUCAAUACAGAACAAGCUAAACAGUUUCCUAGUGGGUCAAAAGAUAAGUGCAGAUAGGGUAGAGUCUCUGAUCUUGCGGUCUAAUGGGAUAGGCCAGCUGGUCCAAAGUAUCAAUGACACUCGUGCAGUGGAUGCAAGCAAUCAGAUAAACCAUGAAAUGAAGAGGCUGACAGAACAAGGUAUUGAAGAAAGCAAGUUGAUGAAGAAAUUGACGGAAAAGUCUGCACGGGAUACACGAUCUAUGAUGGUCAUUGCAUUGAUCUCCGCGGUUUUUCUACCUGCCACAUUUUUAGCAACACUGUUCGGAUCCAACUUCUUCGACUUUUCCGAACAUGACCACAGCUUAGUAAUUGCGUCAAACUUCUGGGUGUAUAUUCUCAUUACCACAGGAUUCUCUUGUUUGAGUUUACUUUCCUGGUAUGUUUGGAGGCGACGGAUAGAGCAGAGCAAGGCAUUAGGAGACCAAGAGUCUCUGUAAGGGGUGGCUAUGCAUGAACCCCGCUCAGAAAAGAGGCGUUGCGAUACGAGAUCGCAUGGGCUGGCGGUAUGAAACCCAAUCCGUGCUGCAGGCAAUAUCGGUGGCGGCUUGGCAAAAUGAUAAAAGUCACUAUUUCC